AUUACAUGGCUGAGAUUACAUCCCAAGCUAAGAUUUGCCCUGCCUCCUCUCAGUAACGUCGUGGUAAAGAACUGCAGAACAGUGAAUUACAGCUUAACACCUAUGAAUAAUCUUUACAGCCUUGAAAUGUCUUGAUCAUGGCCAGCACUGCAGCGCUGCCUACCACCGUGCCUGCCGGUCAGCAGCAGCAGCACCAAGAGGAGGAUCAGGAACAGCAGCAGCAGCAGCAGCAGCAGCAGCAGCAGCAGCAGCAGCAGCAGCAGCAGCAACAUCAACAGCAGCAACAGCAACAGCAGCAGGAGGAACAGCAGCAGCAGCAGCAGCACCAGCACCAGCAGCAGCAACAACAACAACAAAAGCAACUACAACAACAGCAGCAGCAACAACAACAGCAAUUACAACAACAGCAGCAGCAACAGCAACGAUGGACAGAGUCGGAGGAUCACCCCCGCACGGGCGUCACCGUCACGCUGCCCACCAUCCAAGUGACAGAGCCUCGAGCAGCCCCCACGGAAGUGGUUCCCGUAGACGCCAGUGCUCGCUGUCAGGCCGACGCUUACAAGACAUCAUCCUCCACCUCGCCCACGGAUGUGUCGGGCUUCCCGUUGCCACCAGUGCCACAGACGGGCAAGGCAAGGGCCCCGUCUGUGGAGUUUCGCCUGCCGCCGCUGGUGGUACCGCCCUCAGUGCCGCCCACCACCCUGGACGGGGCGGUGGAGCUGGUGAAGCAGAACAUGCUGCUGUACCUCACGCCGCGAUACCCUCCCUCACGUCUCGAGUACGACCCCUACAGUUUCAACGUGUUGAGCCGUCGGCCGCGGGGAUCCAACCACUACGCCAUCCUGAGCAGCGAGGGCGUGACUCAGGUGUGGGCAGGACAGGUCACCUUCACCUCCAUGGACGACUUCCGGCGGGAGGUGGAGCUGUACAGGCGCCUCACUAAGAUUCGAUUCUUCCGCAACUUCCGUAUCGCGAAAACAUGGCAGGUGUGGCGCCGCAGCGUGAGGUGCCGCAAGGUGAGGGAGGCAAAGAUACGUCUCACCGCGUACCUCAUCACCCUUCAGCCGCCCUUCUACCCUACCCUGUCCAACGUCGCCGCGCUCUGCCACCGCCUGUCCCACAUGGGCCUCAUCCAAGUGCGAAGCGAGGAGCCUGCCGUGGUGGAGGAGUGGGUGGCGCGACAGCAGGAGACGCUGGAGGCUGUGAGGAGUCGCCUAGCCGCCUUCAGGUCCCUCCUGCUGCAGGUAGUGGCGACCAUGACUCACGCUGACGAGAACACUGCCGAGGCUGAGGGCUCUGAGCUGAUCAGCGGCGAGAAGCGACCAAACACCCCAAGAAGCACCACGGGCUCCUCCCUCACCCGCCGCCACUCCCACACCUCCGUGGUCAAGAUGGUGCGUGUGGUGGAUCUGAUGGUGGCGUCAGCACUCCGGACGAUGCUCCACAACACCAUCACAGCACUGCACGACGCUCUCACCAUCAAGGCACCUCAAUCCCCGGCGGCAGCACACGGCCACGAAGAGGAGGUGACGGAAGAGGUAUGCGCCAUGUUCAAGGUGGAGGUGAGCGCAGAGGGCACCACUGUGGUUUUCACGCCCACGGAGGAGGGACUGCUGGGCGGGCUGCGGGCGGUGGUGAGAGCAUGCGAGGUCAGCGUGCUUACCCUGCAGCCCCUUCUCCCGUACUUCAGCCCGCAAGAUAGGCUCAGUUCGGUCAUGCAAGAUGAUAACCCUGUCCUCCGCACGAUGCUGGAGGACGACGCGCACCUGCGGGAGACAAACGAGCGGGUAGUGGCCCUGACGGAGGACAGCUGGCGGAAGGUGAGGGCCGAAGUGGAGCCCUUGCAAGAGUUAUUGGUGCAGGCGGAGGCGAAGACCCAAGAGGAGGGCUUUCAAGGACGAGAGCUGGGCGAGCUGGGCGGGUGCCUGGCGCGCGUGGAGGACCUGGUGGAGCGGGCGCGGGGGCUGCAGGAGGUGGUGAGGCUUGGGCUGCUGCAGGUGGACCAGAGCGCCGCUAGGAAGGUACUGGUGACCUCCUUCCGGCAGCAGCAGCAGCGAAUGCACCAGGAUGUCAGCCAGGGUUUCGACCAGCGGGUGAGGGCGCUGCUGACGGACGCCAACGACAAAUGGCUGGGGCUGGAGUUGGCUCCCGUGACGGCCCAGCAGGUGGUGACGCUACUUAACUAUGUGUCAGAGGUCAAGGAGCAGAUGGAGGACCUGAACCAGGAGGAGAAAGUGAUCCGGGAGAUGUACCAGAUGAUUCAGGGAUACCACAUCACACUCCAUCCCGAGGUACAUAACAAGUACGAAGCGCUACAGAAGGAGGUGAAGCGCUUGCGUAAGUCAGUGCGCCGCAGCCUGAUGGAGCUCCCAGCCUCGGUGCGCAAGCUGAGUCACCUGCUGGAGAAGGAGAUCGAGGAGGUGGACACGGAGACUGCGAAACUGGCCGAGCAAGUGCAGGCGAGUGUUCAUUUCAGCGUCACCUUUGUUUCUCUUUAUUGUGUGUAAGGUUUUCGU